AUGGCUGAUACAGAGAUAGAGAGAAUCAUCUCUUUAGCUCGAUAUACCAACUAUGCAGCAUUAUUUCCUGUUUUACUUUACCUUCCGAUUGGACUUUUGCUGGGCUUAAUUCGGCUUUGUAUUUUUAUACACAUCUGCCUGUUAUCAUAUAUCUUACCAAGUAGCUUCCCCUUGAAAAGAGUAAUUCUGAGAGCCAUGCUGUCUGUAACUGGUCUUCCGAUUGCUGUUCACGGAGCACUUAGCACAGAUGUCAAGAAGAAAAUCUUAGUUUCCAAUCAUGUCACCAGUUUAGAUCCCUUUAUUCUUGAUUUCCUUCAUCCAGACAUUCUUGUUUUGGAGAGUGCAGGCUAUUCGAAGAGUUUGCUUGAACCUUGCAGGACAUUUGAGAUACCUGCUGACAGAAAUCGACAGGAUAUAAUUUCCAUGAUUAAAGAGAAAGUGACAGGAAGUGAAGAAACUCUCCUGUUCUUCCCAGAGAAAUCAAAAACCAAUGGCAAAGCGAGUUUGUUAAAGUUUAGUCAUUUGCCAUUUGAGUUGGACUGCCCAAUACAGCCAAUCACAAUUCAGACAAACAGAUUCUUCUUUGACUUUGCUGUGUCAACAUACUCAAGUUCGGCUUAUGAAGACUUGAUGUGGUGUCUAAUACUGCCAAUUACUUUGUUUAAGAUAAAGUAUUUACCUGUAACAGAGAGAAAGAGAGAUGAGACAAGAGAAGAAUUUGAACACCGAUUUCAGACUAACAUGGCUAAAAGUUUGGGACUGACCAUGUCUUGUUAUGAUCAUCAUGACGUGACGGAAUAUCUGAAGAAAAAAUCGAAUGUCAUACAAGGUAAGCACAGAGAAAGAUUAGAGACCCAGACUUCUCCGGAUGUUCAGAUUCAAGCUCAGGUGAAAGUAGACACAUCUGAUGCUGAAAUAGAUCAGAUGCUGCGACAAGUGAAAGAGGUUCUUCCUGAAACUCCAGCAGAGUGCAUUAUUUCAGAAUUAAGUGAGUCUUAUUGUCUUUUCCUUCUUAGUUCUCACAGGCUGUAA